UACCAACAUGGGCAGCAUGGCUACAACAACGCCAGCUCCAUUCACUCUCAAAGACGACCCCGUGGAGAACUUUCGACCCUUAAAGGUCAGAGUCAUCGGAGCCGGGUUCUCUGGCAUAUAUCUUGGCGUCAGAAUUCCUCAGAGGCUCCGGAACAUAGACUUGCAAAUCUACGAGAAGAACGAUGGCAUUGGCGGGACCUGGUGGGAGAAUCGAUAUCCGGGCUGUGCUUGUGACAUCCCAGCCCAUACAUAUCAGUACACAUUCGAGCCCAACCAGCGGUGGUCAGGCUUCUAUGCGUCGUCAGAGGAGAUCUGUGAAUACCUCCAAAACGUGGCGGAUAAGUAUGGCGUGCGUCGAUUCGUCAAAUUGAACCACAAGGUGGUGGCAUGCACUUGGGAUGAUUCUAUAAAGAAGUGGCGAUUGUCGGUGCAAGAGACUGCCACUGGAGAGACCUUCAUGGAAGAGGCAGACCUUGUAAUAUCUUGUCGUGGCAGUCUGAAUGAAUUUACCUGGCCUGAUAUCCCAGGACUUCAAUCAUUCGAAGGCGAAAAGAUGCACUCUGCCGCCUGGAACGAGAGCUACCACUUCCGUCACAAGAAAAUCGGCGUAAUUGGGGGUGGAUCGAGCUCCAUUCAGAUAGUGCCCGUCUUGCAAAAGGAGGAGGGAGCACAUCUGAGCUGUUUUGUACGGAGCAAAGUCUGGAUAUCGGACCGCUUCGGAGACCAUGUCAUGCGAUCGUUGGGUCUAGACCCGACGAGAUUGGGAUUCACAGAGGAGGAAAGGGAAGAAUUUGCAACCAAUGCCGAGAAAUACCUGAAGUUUCGAAAAGCGAUCGAGGAGGAUGGAAAUUCAGUCCACGCUUCGACCCAACGAGGUUCCGAAAUGGCAAAGAUGUUUGUGGAGAUGUUCGCUGGCGCGGCCAAAACCCGACUCCUCAAAAAGCCAGAGUUGCUCGAGUACUUCAACCCAACUUUUGGUGUGGGUUGUCGACGACUCACGCCAGGCCCUGGCUAUCUCGAGGCUCUCGUUUCAGACAACGUCGACUUUAUCCCGGACAAAAUUGAAACCAUCACACCAAAGGGAAUCCAGCUCGAGAACGGCAGACACGUCGACCUCGAUGUCCUGUGCUGCGCCACCGGCUUCAACACGUCCUCCGUGCCACCGUUUCCCGUGACUGGGAAGCACGGAGCAACGCUGAAAGAGAAGUUCUCGCCUUAUCCCAAGACAUAUCUCUCCCUGGCGGUGGAUGAUUUCCCCAAUUUCUUCAUCAUGCUCGGGCCCAACUCGGGCAUUGGAGCGGGCACCCUGACCAUAUUGCUCGAGGCCGAAGGGGACUACAUCAUCAAAUGCAUUCGGAAACUUCAGAAGGAAGACUACGUGACAAUGGCGCCUAAACGUGCCCGAGUGGAGGACUUUUCCGAGUACGUGGGUGAGUACUUCAAGAAGACCAUCUACGCGGACGACUGCAAAAGCUGGUACAAAUCGGACGGAGGUCGUGGAGAUCGCAUCACGGCGCUGUGGCCCGGCAGCAUCCUGCAGGCUAUGGAAGUUCUCCGUGCUCCGAGGUGGGAGGAUUUUGAUUUCGAGUCACAUGAGGACAACAAGUUGCGAUGGCUCGGGAACGGCUGGAGUGUCACCCUGCUACCAGGUCAAGGAGAUCCUUCUUGGUAUCUCAAUGCCGAAGAGCUAGAUUUCCCACCAGCAGACACCCCUGAGAAUGAUCCGAAGUAUCGUAACAGACCCUUCUCGCACUAG